AUGUUCCGCGAACUGGAAAAAUUGUACAACGGUGACAUCUCGCAGCUAGAUGCCUACGUGGGUGGAAUGCUCGAAACGAAUGGUGAAGGUCCUGGCGAGCUCUUUGGCGCCAUCAUUCUCGAUCAGUUUCUGAGACUUCGGGAUGGUGAUCGCUUUUGGUUUGAAAACACCUUGAAUGGGUUCGUUGCACUCGUUACACUUAAAUUAUUCGUGCUGACGGGCAUAACUUGGCAACAAUUUCGCUGCUUUCGUGUUAAGGGCCAAAUUCAUCAUUAA